CGAGCCUUUCGAUCUAUCGUUUCCGCCCAUUCGGGGUGUCUGCCCUUCUCUCACACUGAAAGUCGCUUCUAGGAUUGCUCGCGCAAAUGAUGGCAGUGUGCCGUUUGAUGUGAGCGACACCGGCCUUCGUGCUGUUGGCUUCUGCUGACAGAAUGCAAAUCUUAGUCUAUCGAUGACUGCAGGAUUUCUCGAGACACAGAUUUGGGCCACAUACGAUUAUGCGACUACAUGAGAGGCAGGGGUGGGGUCCAAAUCCUGGACGAUGCUAUGAACUAUUUUGAGUUAGUUCUGGACCAGUGUCCAGUCGAUCAUCCAGACCAUGCGGCAGCUCUCACUAACCUUGCGUGGGCCCGCCUUCAAGGGUAUAUCCGCAAAGAUCUUCAAGGCAUUUACAUUACUACCACUUUGUUAUGCGACGCCCUUGCACUGCGUCCGCGAGGCCACCCCGACCGUCCAGUUUCCCUUUAUUAUCUCGCCGAAGCAUUGAUUUGGCGCUACAGCUAUCAUUCUAUCACCAUUGAUAUCUUCAAGGCAGCCCAGCUCUGUCAUGAGCUACUGUCUCUCUGUUCUGAAGACACCUAUCUUCGUAGCAUCGCGAUCGGCAAAAAUGGUGUCGAUUAUGUGAUACGGGCAUGCAACGAUCUUCCCAUAGAUGCAUCCGAUGAAGAUAUCUACCUUCGACGAAUCAUACUCAAGCUAUGUCCUCCGGGAAAUCAACACAAUCCCAGCGCCAUCGACAAGCUUGCAAAGGCAGUAAAAGCACGCUUUCGACAAUGCAGCUUCGAUGAUCUAGACCGGAACGUACAACUUGGUCGUGAAAUUGUUUCUAUGUGCCCCGAGGGAAAUCCCAACCGUGUUACCUACUUGAUUAACUUCGCCGUAUCCCUCCGUAGCCGCUUCGAUCACCAAGGGGGAUCUCAUGACCUUGACGAGGUCAUCUCUCUCUAUGAAGAAGCGCUGCCCCUACGCCCUGUUGGGCACGAAUAUCAUGAUGCGUCAUUGGAUGGCCUGGGGCGCGCCCUCCUCAUCCGUUUCAAUGAAUGCAAUGACAUUGAUGACAUAAACAGAGCUGCCGGCCUCUUUCGCAAAGCACUGGCGUCAUGCUCACCUGGGCGCCCAAAUCGUGACACCAAGCUGAACAACCUUGCUGCCGCGCUCAUAACUAGACAUGAUAAAUUACAUGCCAGCGAGGAUCUAGAUGAGGCCAUUGAUCUGUGCCGCAAAUCGCUUCUGUUGCUACAGCAGGACGAUCAUCCGGAGCGCCACAGAAAUUUAUUCAAUUUGAGCAUGGCACUCUGCUCUCGUUUCGCGCAAACACGGAAGAAAAAAGAUGUUGAGGAAGCCAUUGGUCUUUGCCAAGAUUCAUUGGUGGCUUUACCGCCACUACACGCGGACCGUUAUUUCAGCUACAAAUGGCUCAAGGAGGCCUAUCUGUCUCGUUAUAGGAUCCUACCCAACGCUGUUGAUCUAUCACUUGCAGUGGAGAACUUCAGAUUGGCUUCGAAUCACCCUACUCAGGGGUUUCCAGAACGCAUCAAGGAGGCUAUCCAAUGGGCUCGCCAAUCGGAAUUCUAUGAACACGAAUCUGCCCUUGAAGCGUAUCAAACAUGCUUAGACCUUUUCAACAACCACGUGACGCAAUCCUCGAUUGUCUUCGGUCGCAAUACUGCAAUCGCCAUUGAUGGUGCUCAAUCCCUACCCAUGAAUGCAACAUCAUGCGCUAUUCGUCGUAAUGAUCUGCAACGGGGGGUUGAACUUGAGGAGCAGGGUCGCGACCAGCAAUGGUCGCUGGCCUGUCGACUUAGGGCUCCACUGGACGAUCUCAAGUCCAUCAAUAUCCCGUUAGCUCAUAGACUCUCGGAGCUCAGCAAGAGCCUAUCUGAUGCUCGGAAUUCUGCAGGCAAUGCAGACCGGGAUGCUGCUGAUCGGGCAGAAACGGAGUACAGGACACUUAAGACGCAAUGGGAAGCUGCAGUGGCUAAAAUCCGCAAUCUGCAAGGUUUCUCGCGAUUCCUGCUCCCACCAUCAUAUGAAGAUUUGCAAGUAGCAGCCCGCCACGGCCCAGUCAUUAUUCUCAAUGCUAGCGAAUACUCCUGCAACGCCAUCAUUGUUUCAGCGUUAGGGAAGCCCCACCACGUUCCCUUCCCGUCUCUCGCUCUCACAGAUCUGAAGAUGCUCAAGAAGCACUUCGCGAACGUGAUACGGGACACGGCUCGCAUGGACUCAAAGGAACCAAGAACAGCGCUGAUAGCACUGCUGCGGACGAUAUGGGACGAGGUCAUGCAACCUAUUGUCAAUGUACUACAGCAGGAUCUGAAAUUACCGAGUGGCUCUCGAAUUUGGUUAUGUCCAACGGCAGCCUUUACAUCUAUUCCUCUUCACGCAGCUCACCCAUUUCGAAUGAAUGCAGAUCGCUCUGGGCGGGAACCGUGCCUGGAGGACCUCUACAUUUGCUCUUACACCCCAACACUUUCCGCUCUGAUCAGAGCUCGACAGACGACGACGACACGUGUCACUCCUUCCUUCGCGGCGAUCGGACAAGAUCAACCUGGCGCAGGGCAAGGCACAGUUCUCGCUGCUGUCGAAACCGAACUCGAGCUUGUCCAUAAAUAUGUUCCUCCUAACGUUAAGUUCACUCAUCUUUCUGGCGACAACGCUACACAAGCCGGUGCACUCGAAGCUUUGCGAUGCAACACCUGGGUGCACCUCGCUUGCCACGGCAAGCAGGACUAUGAACAUCCCUCCAACUCACGUUUCGUCAUGGGAAAUAAACCCCUCACGCUGCUUGACAUAGUGGAGAACGAUGCACUGCAAGCCGAAUUCGCAUUCUUGUCAGGGUGUCAUGCCGCCCGCGGCGAUGAGAAGACGCCCGAUGAAGUCAUUCAUCUCGCAGCUGGUGUACAGUUUUCGGGGUUCAAGAGCGUUGUCGGCACUCUUUGGGAGGUUGAUGACGCUAUUGCAAAACAUGUUGUUGAAGCUUUCUACGAGAACAUGUUCAAGGAUAUGGACGAGGGUGUCAUGAAUUGCACAAAGGCGGCCUGGGUACUCAACAAGACUACUUACGCAGUGAAGAAGAAAGUGCCGCUUGAGCAGAGAAUUGGUUUCAUUCAUAUUGGACUGUAGUUUUCUAGCUUCUAGGACUCAUUGUAGGACAGUGUUGAUGUGGGAUUCUCUACUAUUCGAUCGAACAAUUUGUGGUGUACUUCCGGUUGUCGUUUACUACGAUUCUCUUGAUAACCUUGUCAUCUAUCAUGUACUUGCAUUCUGUUGUCCUUACGUACUCGGUCUGGUCAUUUGCUUGACAAAUAUUUGAAUGUUUGCGGUACUAGUUGUAGGUCUUCUGUCGAA